UUUGCCUCUUGUUCCCACAUCGGCCACACUAGAGAAAAGUCUGAUUCGGACGGCCGAUGGCACGUAGUAGGCAUCCAGCAGCAGCUCGGACGUGCGCUACUGUAUGUCUCUUUUCUUUCGUCGAUGUGCUAGAAGACUAAAUUCAGUACAGGAUUCAUCAGUUUCUUCCAUUAUUUUACUGUCCAUUCUCUUUUUUCUCUGCCAGCUUCCAGCAGUGAUCGGGGAUUUUCGAUGCUUCCGUUUGGAGACGAAUAGGAAGGCAGAAAGAAAUUGACAUCAUAAACGAAUGUUGCUUAGAAUUCCCUCGUGCUAAUCUUGCAACUGUUUCUUCGAACCGAGUUUUUUUGUUCCAAGAUUGCAUUGUUUGCAAAGGGAUUGCAAUCAUCGUUUUUACUUUCUUUGGUAUUCUUGGCCCGAAAUUGCGAGUGUUCGACUUGACAUCCAGGAUUUUGUGCUAGGCAAUCGACGUCGUCAUUGACCUGUUGUAUGUCUGCGUAACUUUCAGCGUCCCAUUUUUGAGUGAUCCUUCUAAACCGUCACGUAGUCCAACGACUGUUGCACAAGCUUCCGCUGUUGUAUAGAAAAGUGCCACAAGGAAAAGGAACCGAGUGUCAGGAAUAAUGGCAACGUUGAUCACAGAUCACGAUCCUGUCCGUAACUUAACCGAUCAGCUGUCAUCAACCAAGACACAGGGAUGACUUCCAGUUGGCGUCUGGUCGGUUCGUGUUUCUCUAGCAUGAACAGCGUUCCAUCUUCCAUCAUCAGCGUUGUCGUUGUCUGCAUUUUGAAAAGGCCAGCCAAUGAACCCACUGCUACCGUUGCUGCUGGAACAUCAGCUGAUACGAUUGACACCCUUGCCGAUGAUGACUGAUGUUGGCGAUCGAGGCACCAAGAUGACGUCACCAGCGGCGAUAGCCAUGAUGAUGGUGAUGAUGGCGUUCCUGGUGCUGGACGUAGUUGGUGCCCAGACGAUGACGGACACGUCCAAGAGUGAAGCGCUGUGGAGCUGGUCGACGGACGGUGAUGAAUUAUCUGACUCACUUGAAUCUCCGUCUUCCGAGAACGAGUUCUUGCUCCAAUUGAGUUCUGACACUAAUUGGACAUCGUUUUUGAACGGCAGCAAUGACGAUGCCAAUAACGACCCCAACUGGUGGAGAAGUCCCGUUUAUCCGAGCGGUUACACACCCCUCGGGCUCGUGAUCGCUUCCAUUUUUGUGACCAUCAUCAUGAUCGUCAUCGUCGGCGGCAACAUUUUGGUGAUCAUCGCCAUCGCGACGGAACGGUCCCUCAAAGGAAUCCAGAACUGGUUCAUCGGCUCGCUGGCCGUGGCCGACUGCCUCCUCGGUCUCAUCAUCAUGCCCUUCUCCUUGGCUAACGAGAUGAUGGGCUACUGGGUCUUUGGCCAGUGGUGGUGCGACGUCCAUUCCGCCGUCGACGUCCUCCUCUGCACGUCCAGCAUCAUGAACCUUUGCCUCAUCUCCUUGGAUCGCUACUGGUCCAUCACGCACGCCAUCGAGUAUUUGCGCAAGAGGACGCCAGAACGGGUCGUCAUCAUGAUCGCCACCGUCUGGAUCCUCAGCGGUCUCGUCUCCAUCCCGCCGCUCCUCGGAUGGAAAAAGGAGACGCCUCAGGGAGAAUUCCCCAAAUGCGAGCUCAGCGAAGACAUUGGCUACGUCUUGUACUCAGCCCUUGGUUCGUUCUACAUCCCAAGUUGCAUCAUGGUCUUUGUGUACAUCCGGAUUUACUACGCGGCCAGGGCCAGAGCUCGCCGUUCCCAAGAGAACAAGAUAAAGCGGAAACUGUCGCAAACCAAAGAGCAACAACUCGAACAACAACAGAACCACAGACGUGUUAGCAAGCAACAAAAGGGAACUCAACAGCAAGAGGAAUUGGAAAUGAAGCCAAUUAAAGUGACCGUUACGGACGGCAAACAUCCGCACGUGCAGCAGCAGUCCAUCAUUGCCAACAAUGGCAAUGCCGUCUCUCACGGUGACAGUGAUAGACCACACCUUCCCACCGUGACGGAUUGUUACUCGCGCGGAUCCCUCACCAACAUCAAGACGUUCGUCUUGAACAAUCGCAACGCGAUCGACACUCGAAGGCACAGCUUAUCCACAGGAGGCGCCGAUCUGAGAGUUAUGACAACGAAUUGGGGACCUUCGCUCUCGGUGGACCGACUUAGCGUCGUGGACGGACGAGCUAACAAGAGAAACGUCAAGGAAGGCUUUUCGUCUCCUAGCAACAGGCACGUGGAGAAGACUCUUCACUCAACGGCACCUAGUAGUUUGACGGCCAUCAACGAAUCCACGUCCACGACGGUUGACGAUAGUCAGAAGGCAGGUCAUAUUGCGACGAGGGGGGACACCGCCUCACCGUCAGCUCAUCAACCGGUAGCUCAACGUCCAUCUUCUUUGAAAAACGGCGGCGAUCGGACCUCGUUGACAACCAGACAUUGCGUUACAUUCGAAUGUGUGCCAGCCGAUAACAGCGUCUCUUACUCAACAGUCCGCUGUUCCGUGUCCAAUGGUGAUCAGCACAACGAACGUCUUGUGCAUGAGAAAACAGUGGACGUUGAAGCGGAAUCGACUACGGCAACUGAGUUGACACCUCCAGCAGUCAAUCGGAGAACGCCAUUGCUCUGUCCGAAAUCGAGAAGCAAAUUCGAGAAAUUAGCCAGGCGGAUAUUGGCGUCCGGAAUGACGGAAGGAGGAAGGAUAACGAACACUGAUGCAACGAUAGAAAAUAAGCGGAUGAACACGUCGGCAACGUACGAAUGGUCGUCAGCUACCAACGAAGACGACCAUCAUCUUGAAUCUCCUUCUCCCAUUACCGCGUCGGAUGUUCCAAUGCCUCUGCCGCAGGCUCUAACUCCUUGUGACACUGGAAUUACUGUCAGAGACACCAACAAUCACAAGAAUUUGCGAUCCAGCAGCAGCCUCCAGCAGGAUAACGAACACGAUAUGGCCAGUGAUGGCGGAUUGGAUCCUUCGUCAUCCGAUUCCGGCACUUUGGCCCGUUGCACAGUCGUGCGCCCUCUGAAAAUCCGCUUUUGUCGUCCGAAUUCCGGCAGUGUUCACAAAAAGUCUUCCAAAGCUAAGCGACAGGUGAUCGACACCGGUCGAGUGGUGGUGCGAGAGAAAGAUCCGGCCCGCGAACGGAGGAGGAUCAGUCGGCAGCGAGAGAAAAGGGCCACGUUGAUCCUGGGACUGAUUAUGGGCGCCUUCAUCGCCUGUUGGCUCCCCUUCUUCUUCCUCUACUUGCUGGCUCCAGUCUGUCCGUCGUGCAACAUUCAGCCGUGGGGAUUCGCCUUCGCUUUUUGGCUCGGCUACAUCAACUCGGCCCUCAAUCCAGUCAUUUAUACCAUUUUCAACAAAGACUUCCGACGAGCAUUUCGUCGAAUACUCUUUCGCUGCACCAUCGCUCCCUACUAAAUUUGUGCGUUAACUGUACGGCGCUUACGUUCCCGUAGGAGAAAGAGUGAAAAACGACAACAAUCGGCAAGAUGAUUGGAGUUCAGAAUUUUUGGAAUAAAGAUGGUAUCAUCUUCUAACGAUUUUCUAUUGUAUCCAUUUUUUCGUUGAUUUUUUUUUUGUUACAAAGCCGGUAACCGAAUUUUUAA